AUGGCUACUGCUGCUAUAUUUUCUUCUCUAAGGCGGCGAAGAUCGCCGUGUUUAGAUGCUUUCUUGGCGCCGGUUGAUUUGACCGAUGUGGCUCUUGUACAGACUCUUGUAUCAGUGUCAACGGAGCUUGUGUCUUGUUUCUCUGGGAAGGCACUCUUCUUUCAAAGAAAGAAUUCUCGUUCUUUGAUUCGUAAAAUUGAAGUCUUUGUUGUUUUAUUGGAAUAUUUGAGGGACUCUGGGGAUGGUUCUGCUUUAUCCUCUACCGCAAUUGUUUGUUUUAAAGAACUUUAUUUGUUGCUGUAUCGCUCAAAAAUAUUGCUUGAUUAUUGUGCACAAUCCAGUAAAUUAUGGUUGUUGCUUCAAAAUCAUUCGAUUUCGGGGCAUUUUCAUGAUUUGAAUCAGGAAAUAUCUACCCUUUUGGAUGUAUUUCCGUUAGAUGAUGUUGAAUUGAGUGAGGAUGUUAGGGAACAGAUUGAUCUUAUGAAAAAACAAUCAAGAAAUGCAAGGUUAUUUAUUGAUAAGGAUGAGGAGGCUUUGAGGGUCAGGUUCUUUUCGUUGCUUGAUGAGUUUGAGAAUGGGAGGAUUCCUAUUCCGGCGGAGUUGAGGUUGUUUUUUGUGGAGGGUUUGGGGAUUAAAGAUGCCAAGAGUUGUAGAGCAGAAAUUGAGUUCUUGGAGGAACAAAUUGUUAAUCAUGAGGGAGAUAUUGAGCCCACAGCUUCGGUGCUUAAUGGUUUCGUUGCAAUUGCUCGGUAUUGUAGGUUUUUGCUUUAUGGGUUUGAGGAAAAUGAGGUGGAGUUGAAAAUUGGGAAUCAGAAGAAGCUGAGAAAAGGGUUGAUUACUCGAGAGAUUGCAGAGACUUUUAUUACAAUACCGAAGGAUUUUUGCUGUCCGAUACUGUUGGAUUUGAUGCGAGAUCCAGUGAUAAUUUCGACAGGGCAGACAUAUGAUCGGAGUUCUAUAUCUAGGUGGAUGGAGGAAGGGCACUGUACUUGCCCAAAGACGGGCCAGAUGCUCAUGAACACUCGCCUUGUACCGAAUCGGGCUUUGAGGAAUCUGAUCGUGCAAUGGUGUAUUGCCCAUGGAAUCCCUUAUGACCCUCCAGAGAAUACAGAUUCAUCUGUGGAGGCUUUUGCAGCAGCUAUGCCUUCCAAAGCUGCAAUUGAAGCCAACAGAGCAACAUCAACACUUCUCAUUCAUCAGCUGGCAAAUGGUUCACAAGGUGCAAAGACUGUAGCUGCUCGUGGGAUACGUUUGCUAGCAAAAACAGGAAAAGAAAACCGUGCUUUCAUUGCAGAAGCUGGUGCGAUUCCCCACCUUUGUGAACUGCUGUCUUCUACAAAUUCUGUCGCACAAGAGAAUUCUGUAACAGCAAUGCUCAAUUUAUCCAUUUAUGAUAAGAAUAAAAGCCGAAUUAUGGAUGAAAAAGGUUGUUUGGGAUCGAUUGUUGAAGUAUUGAGGUUUGGACUCACAACAGAGGCAAGGGAAAAUGCAGCAGCGACAUUGUUUAGCCUGUCUGCCGUUCAUGACUACAAGAAGAGAAUAGCAGAUGAGGAAGGGGCAGUUGAAGCCUUAGCUGUUCUGUUGAGGGUAGGGACACCACGCGGGAAGAAGGAUGCCGUCACAGCUUUAUUUAAUCUAUCAACUCAUACAGAAAAUUGUAUGAGAAUGAUAGAAGCAGGUGCUGUUGCAGCACUAGUUGGGGCUUUGGGAAACGAAGGGGUUGCAGAGGAAGCUGCCGGUGCAUUAGCUUUGAUCGUGAGGCAGCCAAUUGGGGCUAAGGCAGUAGGGGGAGAGGAAAUGGCCGUGGCAGGGUUGAUAGGAAUGAUGCGUUGUGGAACACCUAGAGGAAAAGAAAAUGCUGUUGCAGCAUUGCUUGAGUUGUGCCGGGGUGGUGGGACAGCUGCAACUGAGAAAGUGCUCAAGGCACCGGCAUUGGCUGGUUUGCUUCAGAGUCUGCUGUUCACUGGCACAAAGCGGGCGAGAAGGAAGGCAGCAUCACUUGCCAGAGUUUUUCAGAGGUGUGAGAAUUAUCCCCUGCAUUUUGGCGGAUUAGGUGCUGGAUAUGCAUUCGGUGGAAACUCUGCUUCAAAUAGGGAUCCAAGUUUUGUCAGCGAAGUGUCAGUGUCCAUAUCAGUGCCUGUUUUGUAG